AUGUGGGGACUUGCGCAUGCGCAUAAAAGAUAUUGUGAUUUAUGUGUCUUUACUGAUUUACAAGAAGGUCUGUUGGAACAAUAUGUGACUAAAGCUUCUGAUAUUUAUUUUGGACUUCCUUGUAAGGAAGUGAGGAAACUAGCUUAUCAGUAUGGAAAAGCGAAUAGCAUAAAAAUGCCUCAUAAUUGGAGUGCAAAUGAAGCAGCUGGAGAAGACUGGUUCAGUGCUUUUUUCAAAAGGCACAAAAAACUGUCAAUAAGAAAACCUGAGGCAACAAGUCAAGCACGUGUUUCCAGUUUUAAUCCAACAAAUGUUCGAAAGUUUUACAACAAUUUACAAACUAUUCUUAAUCGUUUAAAGUUGGAAAGUGGAGAUAUUUGGAAUAUGAAUGAAACUGUUGGGCGUUUUAAUUUGGCUGAGAGAGGCAAUUUAGUAACUGUGGCAGUUGCUGUUUCUGCCAGUGGAAAUUCAAUUCCUCCAUUUUUCAUAUUUCCUCGUGUGAAAUUUAAAAGCUAUUUUUUAAAUGGUGCUCCUGAUGGAAGUGCAGGCGCUACAAACUCAUCUGGUUGGAUGACUGAAGUUCAAUUUUUGCAGUUUUCCCAUCAUUUUGUCAAAUAUGCCAGAAGUGCAAAAGAACGACCUGUUUUAUUGCUAUUAGACAAUCAUGACUCUCAUCUUUCAGAAAAGGCUUUAGAUUACUUUAAGGAAAAUGGGGUAUCGGUUUGUUCAUUUCCUCCUCAUUGCAGCCAUAAACUUUAA